UGGAUAUCAAUCUGAGAUAAGUUAACAAACGAUUGUGCGAUUGUUAACUAAGUAUCAAACUUCAUUUCUACAUAUAGUAUUCUGUUAAGUUUGUAGUUUCUUUUUUAAAACAAACCAAUCACCAUGAAAUUCUUGAUCUUAUGCACUCUUUUGGCCGCCGCUAAUGCCGCUCCAGGAUUCCUUCAUGGAGGAUACGGACAUGGAGGAUAUGGAGGUGGUUAUGCUGUUGCAGCCCCAGCACAAGUAGCCGUGGCUCAAGCUCCUGCCGUUGUUGCUGCUCCAGCUCCAGCAGUUUAUGCAGCCCCAGCCCCGCAAGUUUACGCCGCCCCAGCUCCAGCAGUUUACGCAGCCCCAGCUCCAGCAGUUUAUGCGGCCCCAGCUCCAGCUCCAGUUGCCAUUGCCCAGGCUGCUCCUGCCGUAGCAGUCGCUGCUCCAGCUGCCACCAGUUACUCAACCUUCAGUCAGGUCCAUGUCUCCCACCCACAACCAAUCAUCAAAUACGCUGCUGCUGCUCCCGCAGUAGCUGUUGCGCAACCCGUUGUUAAGGCUGUAGUAUCUCAACCAGUUGCUGUAGCUCAACCAGUCGCUGUAGCCCAACCAGUUGCCGUAGCUCAACCAGUUGCCGUAGCUCAACCAGUUGCCGUAGCUCAACCAGUGGCCGUAGCCCAACCAGCCUACGUUAAAUCAUACUCUGCCCCUGCCUAUGUAAAAUCCUAUUCUGCACCAGCCAUCAGCUAUGGUGGUGGUUAUGGUCACCCAUGGUAAAUUUUCCAGCAGAAACACCAAACGGAGAACAGAUAAUUGCUAGGUUGAUGUGAUUCCAUCGAAGAACACCAACAGUUGAAUUAAGGAUUAUCACCGGCAUAUAUGACAACAAUCCGUAUUUCGUCUUAUCUCAAACUACAUAUUAUGAUAUAUUAAAUGUUUAAUUUAUUUAAAUCAGAAAUGAAAAGGAUUAAAAAUAUAUUCCCUAAAAAUAGGAUAUUAUUCAUUUUA